AUGUACCUGAUCACUGUGUUUGGCAACCUGCUCAUCAUCCUGGCCGUCAGCUCUGACUCCCACCUCCACACCCCCAUGUACUUCUUCCUGGCCAACCUGUCCUUUGUAGACAUCUGCUUCACAUCCACCACUGUCCCAAAGAUGCUUCUGAACAUCCAGAUUCAGAGAAAAGUCAUAACCUAUGCAGGAUGCAUCACACAAAUGAACUUUUUCAUAACCUUUGCAGGGAUGGAUGACAUUCUCCUGAGUGUGAUGGCUUAUGACAGGUUCGUGGCCAUCUGUCACCCCCUGCACUACAUGGUCAUCAUGAACCCCCGGCUCUGUGGGCUGCUGGUUCUGGUGUCCUGGCUGAUGGUUGUCUCCUUAUUAUAUUGUACGAUGCUUGGUGUAUACCUUAGCUCUGCUGCUACCCAGAGCUCACGGUCAAGUGCCACAGCCUCGGUGAUGUACACGGUGGUCACGCCCAUGCUGAACCCCUUCAUCCACAGUCUGAGGAACAGAGACAUAAAGAAGGCUCUGAAAAGAAUACUUGGGAUUCAGUGUUAUAAGAACCAAUCAUCCAAAGGCUGA